UACACACGGUUACACACAGGUUCACUAAUACAUUACCCAUUCAGACCCUCUACUUCUUUGACUCAUAUAAGAGUAAACUGAAAUUGGGCACUUCGCAGAUGAUGGAAUCAGGCUUCGGAAGCGUGUGAAUUAAGUUAACAACAUUUAAUAGAAAGAAAAAUAAACAAAACAAUCAAGGCCUCACGAUCGUGGUCUUCGUGAAGGUCCCGGCUCCUCAGGUCCAGCCUGAAGCACGCGGGUCCAGACGAGAAGAGAACGCUAUUUCUCCAGUACAGAGUAUUAGUCUCAAAAUCAGCGAAUCACUCACUCUCAAAGGUGAGUGCAGCAUUUAACACCUUUUGGUUGGUUCAAACUCCCGCUAGAACAAUGGAGGGGUCGAAUGUCAUGAACCCUGGGUCAAAACGUCACUUCCGGUCCAGUCACUAAACAAGUAUUUCCACAAUAAAAAUCCCGCUAUUAUUGUCUGCAAUUAAGUCACUUUACGGAUUCCAACCGGCUUCGACAAUCUGAAAUACUAAACAUACAGUCACUCUCAUGCAGGAUACAUUAAUUCUUGCCAUUUACAUUUGCAUAGAGUAAACAUUACCCCUAUGCUUCAUAAUACAUUAAUAACAAUAUCAAUAUUCUCCCCAAUAUUUCCGAUUACAAUAUCUUUCUAUAUGUAUUAAUUUAAAGCAUAAGACUUCCUCUGCACAUGUUAUCAAAAUAAACUAUUACAACCUAACACUCAACACGGCAUAGAACGAGAGAUCAACAUGUCUCUGUUUAUAUUGUUUGACUGUCUUCCUGUCUGUCUGCAGGUGUCUCCAGACCAGGUGUGUUCUGUCCUGUCAUCAUUAAAUGAAGAACUCAGGAAGCACUGUCAGUACCUGGACAUUUCAUUGGUAGAGUACCUCCUGUUUACUCAGAUGACUUCUUGGAUACAACUAGCUCCUGUAUGUUUGGACUACCUUUUAUCUUCAUGGACUACCACCUGUAUGUAUGUGUGGACUACCUUUUAUCUCCAUGGACUACCACCUGUAUGUAUGUGUGGACUACCUUUUAUCUUCAUGGACUACCACCUGUAUGUAUGUGUGGACUACCUUUUAUCUUCAUGGACUACCACCUGUAUGUAUGUGUGGACUACCUUUUAUCUUCAUGGACUACCACCUGUAUGUAUGUGUGGACUACCUUUUAUCUUCAUGGACUACCUCCUGUAUGUUUGGACUACCUUUUAUCUCCAUGGACUACCUCCUGUAUGUAUGUUUGGACUACCUUUUAUCUCUAUGGACUACCACCUGUAUGUAUGUGUGGACUACCUUUUAUCUUCAUGGACUACCACCUGUAUGUUUGGACUACCUUGCAGGAAAGUCUCUCAGCCUCUAAAUCCAGGAAGCAGGUCCGGUCAGCCACACCUGUUGGUUUACUGCAGACGAGUAGGUUGGAUGUGGACCUCCUCGAUGACCCUGUUGUGAGCGUCAUCAAGUCCCUGAACAGGUUCUGUACGACCCAGGAUGUUGGAGCGGCAGAGAGAGAGGAGAGAGGAAGAUCAGCUGCUGGACUACAGCUCCAUGUAAACACGUCUCCAGUUCAAGUUCAACCUUUGGAGAAGUCAUCAUGUCCUCUUGGUCCUGCAGGUCCGGUCCAACCGAAAUGUACCGAGUCUGUCAGUACACUGAGCUCCGUCAGCACCGCUCUGAACUCUGUGUUGUUGAGGUCCAAGGACGUCCUCCUGCUGGUCGCUGAGGUAACUUACAGGAAUGUGUUUACCUGUCUGUCUCUCUGUGUGUCUGAGCUGUCUGUCACUCGCCAUCCUUCACCUGCCUGUCUGUCUGACCUGUCUGUCUCUCUCUUUCACCUGUCUGUCUCUCAGGACUUCUACCGGAGCGAUCAUUUCCAUCUCCGCAGGUUCCUUCUUGUUCCUGACAGUUUGGACCAAUGGGCUGAGAGCAUGCAGCAAAAGCUGCUGGGAUACCAGGAGCAGAUGAGGACGUUUCUGAACACCAGCAGAGAGGAGUUGGAGACACAGCUUUCUCUGUUGGCGGAUUUGCUGCUUUCAGUACCUGUAGUUUUGAUCAGUAACCAUGAGCAACAGCAGGGGGCGGGGCUUAUUGAGGAGAUGGGCAGAGUUCGAAUGAAGCAGGAGGAGACACUGGCAGCCAGCGAGGAGGACAAGCGUGUGAACAUCCAUCAGCUGCGAGUGUCCCUCAGAGACGAGGAGCUUCAGACUCUAGUCAGCAGAGAGGAGCUCAGACAGCAGCAGCUGCACAGCGCUAUCUGCUCUUUUCACCUGGAACUACAGGUGAGCGUGAGACUCAGAGGGGAGGAGUUUGUGACAUCACUGGCCGCUCUGACAGAGCAGCUGCUCUCUCAGCUGGACGAGCUGCCCACACUCGGAGGUGAGCUCACCUGUGACCUCCUGGGAUGUGGGCGGGACCUGCAUACCUGGGGCUUAUUAAGCUUCCUGUUUGUUUCCAUAGAAACCAAUGGACCUGGGGCUGAAAUGAGAAGGACACACGGCUCAGUCAGCAGGACCUGGUCUGGUAUCCCGUACCUGCUGCCCCCCACCAACAGUAAUGCUGCCCCAACAACAAUAACAACAGCAUCCCUCACCACAUCCAGGUGCACCCUGGGACAUCAGGCUGUCAUUGAGCAGAGAGACGCUGCUGUGAAGAGGUUCGAGCAGCUGUUGCGGGCGGAGUCGUCACGUUCAAAUGACGACAAACCAAGAAGACUGAGUGAACUCCAGAGCUGGAACGCACACUGGAGACAACAGAUACACACUCUGAAACACACACACCUUGGCUGAAGUGUGAUACCAGCAGCUGAUUGGCUGUUUGCUGUGUGUUGAUGUUGGUUAAUAAACCACAGAGGAAGAGAA